UUCGGCUUUUUCCUCUGGCCUGCGCUCCUUCCUCCUUCAGAGGGGCGGAGAGAGCGGCGGUGGAAACCGUAAGGCACGGCGGGUUCGACCCAUCAGCGAAAAUGGUGUGACCCGCCUUGAGCACCUCUCGCCGCCGCCGCUUCUUCUCCGAUGAAGGGUCCAAAAAGUGUCGGAGAGAGCGAAACGGCAUGGCACAGCCCUGUUCUGUUCCCAAACAACAACCGCUGUUCCCGGCUCUGUUUCUGCUCCUGCUUCUGCUUCUCUCUCCUCGCUGUGUGUAGAAUAUAGGUCCGAAAAUCGCUGCGAAAUUCAUUGGUCAAACCCCACCCACCACCGGGGAAAACGACGAAGUAUCCGUGAUUUUUCCCUGUCCCUAUCCUCCUUCCUGCCACUCUCUCUGUCCUCUCUCUGUCUCUGUCUCUCUGUCUCUGUCUCUCUCUCCCUGUGAUUCCUUCAGUCUCUAUUUCGAGUUACGCCAACUGGACGUAUAUACCUCCCAUAAAUAUCCUAGCUUUCUGCUGAUACCAGUUGAAUUAUUAUUAUUGUCAGUACACUCGCUUCCCACCCCACCAUUUUUCAGCUUGUUUAUUAAGUUAGUUACUAAAUUCGAUAAUUUCGCGAGGUGGGAGCUUCCAGUGAUAUUCGUUCCACUGUUCUUGCUAACUCUGUAAUUUUUGCUGCUUUGCUCGAAUCCACCUUAGAAAAGCGCGUCCUUUCUGUUGCCUCUUUAUGUAAUUCUAUCCAAAGUUUCUCUCUUUUUGUGUUAAAGAUUUCUCGUCCCUCUUUGAUUUCUGCUACUAGAAAUACAGCCCCUUCGUUGAAACAUUGGGCAAUUCCUGACUUUUAUACAGAAAUUUGUACACUGAUCCCAUUUUAACCAUUUUUAAUUUGCGGGUAGUUUUGGAUUUUUUUUAUCUAAUUGUGCUUUAAUCCCAUUCUUGUUUACAAAAUCGCCGUUCUUAUCUACCCUCAUCUUUCACUACAAACGCUAUAUAAAAGUUACCAGAUUAUCUGCUCUGUGGUUUAUCUGCUCUGUGUGGUUCUUCAGAGCUCGAUUCUGCACGAUACAAUCCAGUGCAGUGCCAAAAGAAUGAAGGCUUUUUGUUUGUUUCGGUUGUUAAUCUUGCUUGUUUUGAUCAAUGGUGCUUUGUGUAAGGAGUGUACCAACAUCCCUACUCAGCUUUCGUCACACACUCUUAGAUACGAGCUCUUAGCGUCAAACAAUGAGUCAUGGAGAGAGGAGAUGUUCUCACACUACCAUUUGACUCCAACGGACGAGACGACUUGGUCCAAUUUGUUACCAAGAAAGAUGUUAAAAGAAGAACAGGAAUUUGAAUGGAUAAUGGCGUACCGGAAAUUGAAGAAUUCUGCUGGGUCUGACUCACCAGGGGAGUUCCUUAAUGAAGUAUCGUUGCAUGAUGUGAGACUGGAUCCGAGUUCAGUUCAAUGGCGGGCGCAGCAGACAAACCUAGAAUACUUACUGUUGUUGGAUGUGGAUAGUUUGGUGUGGAGCUUUAGGAAAACGGCGGGUUUGCCGACACCGGGGAAGGCAUAUGGUGGUUGGGAGGCCCCGACUUGCGAGCUCCGGGGUCACUUUGUAGGGCAUUAUUUGAGUGCGACGGCAAAAAUGUGGGCAAGCACUCACAAUGAUAGUAUUGGAGAGAAAAUGUCUGCAUUAGUGACUGCUCUAGCUGCCUGUCAAGAGAAAAUGGGUACGGGAUAUCUUUCGGCUUUCCCAUCCGAGCAAUUUGAUCGUUUCGAAGCUAUCAAACCAGUCUGGGCUCCAUAUUACACCAUUCACAAGAUCAUGGCGGGUCUUCUGGAUCAAUAUACACUUGCUGGCAACAAGCAAGCUUUGAAAAUGGUUACAUGGAUGGCUGAUUACUUCUACAAUCGCGUGCAGAAUGUGAUCAGAACAUACUCUAUAGAAAGACAUUGGCUGUCGCUCAACGAAGAGACUGGUGGCAUGAAUGAUGUCCUUUACCAGUUAUUCACUGUAACGAACGAUACCAAGCAUUUGUUCUUGGCUCAUCUCUUUGAUAAACCUUGCUUUUUAGGAUUGCUUGCUGUGCAGGCCGAUGACAUAGCUGGUUUUCAUGCGAAUACUCAUAUCCCAAUCGUUAUUGGAGCACAGAUGCGUUUUGAAGUUACUGGUGACCCGCUAUACAAGACUAUAGGGACAUUCUUCAUGGACAUUAUGAACUCCUCCCACAGCUAUGCAACAGGUGGCACAUCAGUCGGGGAAUUCUGGACGGACCCAAAGCAUUUAGCGACCACUCUUCGAGUGGAAAAUGAGGAAUCAUGCACCACAUAUAACAUGCUGAAGGUGAGUCGCAACUUGUUUAGAUGGACAAAAGAAGUUGCAUAUGCCGAUUAUUACGAGCGAGCAUUGACAAAUGGCGUGCUAAGUAUUCAGAGAGGGACUGAGCCUGGUGUCAUGAUCUACAUGCUUCCUUUGGGUCAAGGGGUAUCCAAGGCCAGAAGCUUUCAUAAAUGGGGAACUCAGUUUGACUCCUUCUGGUGCUGCUAUGGGACAGGAAUUGAGUCGUUUUCGAAAUUGGGAGACUCUAUAUAUUUUGAAGAGCAAGGAGAAGUUCCGGGUCUUUACAUAAUUCAAUAUGUAUCGAGUUCACUUAAUUGGAGAGCAGGGGGGACUGUGAUCAAUCAGCAAAUUGGUCCUCUGUCAUCGCGGGAUCCUUAUAUUCAAGCAACAGUUACUUUUUCGUCGGAGGCAGCAGGGCAGUUGUCUACCCUGAAUUUCCGAAUACCGAGUUGGGUUUCUUCAGCUGGUGCCAAAGCAGAAUUAAAUGGAAAAACUUUAAAUCUACCACCUCCGGGUAAUUUUCUCGUCACAGAGGGGAAAUGGAGCCCCACUGACAAGCUGACCCUUCAGUUUCCCCUCAGUCUGCGGACAGAGGCUAUCCAAGAUGACCGAUCCGAGUAUGCUUCUAUACACGCAAUACUCUAUGGGCCUUAUCUUCUUGCGGGGCUGACGAGCGGAUACUGGGAAAUCAAAGCCGAGCCAGAUGUUCCUCUAUCCAAUUGGAUAACUCCUGUUCCGGAUUCUUACAGUUCGCAGUUGCUCUCUCUUUCGCAAGAAUCAGGCAACUUGUCUUAUUUCCUGACCAACACGAACCAAUCCAUCACAAUGGAGAAGUUUCCUGAGCCGGGCACUGAUUCAGCUGUCCACGCCACCUUCAGACUUGUCUCCAAAGACCCCACCGCUUUAGGAAUCAGGCCACGAGGGGGCAUGAUUGGGAAAUCGGUCAUGCUCGAACCAUUCGACCUUCCUGGAAUGGUGGUAGCAGAAAAAGGGAAAGAUAACGGCCUCGUAGUUGAGGGAUCAAGCGAGGGCAGCUUGUCCCUCUUCCGUGUGGUUGCAGGACUGGACGGGAAGGCCGAGACUGUGUCCUUGGAGUCAGAAAGCCAUGAAGGUUGCUACAUAUACACGGGGUUGAAUUACGACAAGGGUUCCAGUGUGAAGUUGGGUUGCGUCUCGGAUUCCUCAGACAGUAAGUUCAACGAAGCGAGCAGCUUUACGCCGGGAGACGCCAUAAGCUCGUACCAUCCCAUGAGCUUCGUGACGAAGGGUGAAAAGAGGAGCUUCCUUUUGGUUCCAUUGAUGAGCUUGAGAGAUGAAUCGUACACCGUCUAUUUCGACAUCCAGUCUUGAAAGAUUGGUUUGUAUAGAAGUACCUUGGAACAAACAGAAGAAUGCUUGGUUAGGAUUUUCAGACAAUAAUGAUCAAACUGCGGUUUAUACAACCAAUUAAAGCGAGGUUGAUGUAAUUACACUCUGUUUGCUUCUCUGCAAAUUUCUGGUCAGAAACUCGAUAUGGCCACUCUGUUUGGCAUUCGCGUC